AUGUCAAUUCUGCCUUUCACUCCCCCCAUCGUCAAGAGACUUUUGGGUUGGAAGAAGGGAGAGCAGAACGGCCAGGAAGAGAAAUGGUGUGAAAAGGCGGUGAAAAGUCUUGUGAAGAAACUGAAGAAGACGGGACAGCUGGACGAACUGGAGAAAGCCAUCACCACGCAGAAUAUCAACACAAAAUGCAUCACCAUACCAAGGUCUCUGGAUGGCCGUCUGCAGGUCUCUCACAGAAAAGGCCUGCCCCAUGUCAUCUACUGUCGUUUGUGGCGUUGGCCCGACCUGCAGUCCCACCAUGAACUGCGAGCAGUGGAGCUGUGCGAAUACGCAUUUCACACAAAAAAGGAUGAGGUAUGCGUAAAUCCCUACCACUACCAGAGAGUAGAGACCCCAGUCCUCCCACCUGUGCUGGUGCCCAGACACACAGAGAUUCCCAGUGAAUUUCCACCUCUGGAUGACUACAGCCAUUCAAUUCCCGAAAACACCAACUUCCCUGCUGGUAUUGAGCCACAAAGCAACUAUAUACCAGAAACGCCACCGCCAGGCUACCUCAGUGAGGAUGGAGAGACCAGCGAUCACCAGAUGACACACAGCAUGGACACAGGCUCGCCGAACCUAUCGCCCAAUCCUGUUUCCCCCACGCACAAUAACUUGGAUCUCCAGCCUGUGACAUACUGCGAGCCAGCCUUCUGGUGCUCCAUUUCCUACUACGAGCUGAACCAACGAGUAGGAGAGACCUUCCACGCUUCACAGCCAUCACUGACGGUAGACGGUUUUACAGACCCUUCCAAUUCGGAGCGGUUCUGCCUAGGCCUUUUGUCCAACGUCAACCGCAACGCUGCGGUGGAGCUAACGCGCAGACACAUUGGUCGUGGAGUCAGACUUUAUUACAUUGGAGGAGAAGUGUUCGCCGAGUGUCUCAGUGACAGCGCCAUCUUCGUUCAGAGUCCUAACUGUAACCAGCGCUACGGCUGGCACCCCGCCACUGUAUGCAAGAUCCCUCCAGGCUGUAAUCUGAAGAUCUUCAACAACCAGGAGUUUGCUGCAUUGCUGGCCCAAUCUGUCAACCAGGGUUUUGAGGCUGUCUACCAGCUCACCAGAAUGUGCACCAUUCGCAUGAGCUUUGUCAAGGGCUGGGGGGCUGAGUACAGGCGACAAACGGUGACCAGCACCCCCUGCUGGAUUGAGCUGCACCUGAACGGCCCCUUGCAGUGGUUGGACAAGGUGCUCACGCAAAUGGGCUCCCCCAGCAUCCGAUGCUCCAGCGUCUCCUAG